AUGGCGGCCGUCUCGGGCAGCGCCGGGCCGAGGCCGCAGCGUCCGGAGGCGCCGCUGAGCGCGGGCGGCCCCCGCGGGGCUCCCACGCCUUGCCGGGGGCUGUCCCGGGCCCUGCCGCCCCCGGGGCUGGGCCCUUCCCCGGCAGCGAGCACCGUGCCGUGCCCGGAGCCGGACUUCGCCGCGGGCCCGGGCUGCGCCUGCCCCUGGUCCGCCCCCGCCGGGGUUUCCAAGGAGACCUGGGUCGCCGUCUGCGCCGCCGAGCCGCCGCAGCAGAGCGAGAGCCGGCGGGAGGCUCGGCCGCAGGGUAACCUGCCGUGCCCCCCGGGGCUUGGUGCUCAGAACGCGGCGUGGCAGGGAGACCAGCUGUCCUCCCAGCUCUACAGAAACAAGCAGCUUCAAGAUACUUUGCUUCAGAAGGAAGAGGAACUUGCUAGGUUACACGAAGAAAAUAACAACCUGCGCCAAUACCUGAAUUCUGCCCUGAUUAAGUGUUUAGAAGAAAAAGCCAAGAAACUGUUGUCCUGUCAUGGUCAGAAAAACUGUACUGUUCUCAAAAACACCAAAAGGAGAUUGAAAGACGACCACUGCUUUGCUCCUCAGGAAACUCCUCAUGCCUCCAAAGCUAGAAGGAAUCUCUUUAAUGAAUUCACUGCCUGUGAAGAGCAAGCCAAUCCUACUGUGGACAGCUGGGUCUUGCAGACUUUAGGAUUAAAAGAUGUAAACACUAUUGAUGAAUCCUUAUCAGCUAACUACAGUGCCUUGUCCUCAGACCCUGGAAAAGACACCUACUGCCUGAGCCCUGAUGAAGCAAGAGACUAUGACCACAGUGAGGGUGUGGCAGUGGUGUAUAGCUGCGGCCAGAUGCCUCCAGCUAACAGCAGUGUCCAUCCAUGCAGGGAAGACUCUCCCUUCAUUCCUCAGCUCUCUUCAGCACCGUGUGUCUCCUCACCAAUGCCAAGCCUUUCUUCCCUCCCACCCUAUGGGUUGCCUUAUCUGACCAGUGACUUGUCACCUAACAAAACAGAGGUGGCCUUCACAACAUCUCUGAGUCCUCACCGCAACGUGAGAACACACAGUUUCCACCAAGGACAAGCCUUUGUGUGCAGAGAGGAUGAUGGAGGAUGGAGAUUCACCUGGGUGCCCAAGCAGGCUGAAUAA